AUGACUACCUUUUCCAAGUUCAUCUCUAGAGCCUCGGACAAAGGAUUGUCUUUCUUCAAAGCGCUUAAACUCCCAAAAUCAAAAGAGCUCAUCUGGGAAGACGAGCAAAAAAAGGCCUUUAAGCAGCUUCGUGAGCACUUGGCUCACCUCCCAACACUGGCAAGACCAGUUGAAGGAGAAACCUUGUACUUAUACGUGGCAGUCAGUCCAGCCACCAUAAGCGCGGUGUUGCUAAGGGAAGCAAAAAAAAUUCAGCAACCGAUCUAUUUUGUCAGCCACACUCUGACAAAUGCCGAGACACGCUACCCCCUACUCGAAAAAGUCGCAUACACAGUCGUGGUAGCCACUCGGAAGUUGAGGCCCUAUUUUGAUUCCCAUCAAAUAAUGGUCUUAAAUGAUCAGCUGCUGGAAAAAGUUCUCGGCAAGGUAGAAAAAUCUGGUAGACUAGCAAAGUGGGCUUUCGAGCUCACUGAGUUCAGUAUCACCUACCAGCUUAGGGAAGCUAUCAAGUUGCAAGCCUUAGCAGACUUCCUAGCCGAGUGUUCUUAUCAAGAGGCACUUGACGAGGGAAACAAAAUUUGGACCGUUUUCACGGAUGCUUCAAACAACGAAGCUGAGUAUGAAGAAGCAAUUGCUGCUUUAGAGAUGUGUAUAGAAUUGGAAGCCGAGCAUAUCCGUUUAAAGACGGACUCUCAGCUCGUUGCAAAUAAGAUUCGAGGUGAAUAUGAGGCCAAAAAAACCUCAAUGAUUGCUUACCUCGCAAAGAUCAAAAUUGUCAUUGAGAAGCAGAAAACUUUUGAAAUCGAGCUGAUCCCAAGGAGUCAGAACACACAAGCCGACGCACUCUCCAAACUUGUAAGUUCAACUCUAACCGAGCUGAGCCGAUCUGUAUAUGUGGAAGUGCGCCAUGAAAGAAGUGUGGACCACGAGCCUGAGGUUUAUUGUGUCGCACACGAGCCGAGCUGGAUGGACCCCAUCCUGGCUUACAAACUUCAGGGAGAACUUCCCGAGGACAGAAACCUGGCCUCUAAGAUAAAAAGAAUCAGCUUAAGAUUCAUUGUCUUCAGAGGAGAGCUUCUGAAAAAGUCCUUUUCAGCCCCACUAUUGAAAUGCGUGGGUCCAACAGAUGCUGAGUAUAUCCUUCAGGAAAUUCAUCUCGGUAUCUGCGGAAACCACAUAGGGGGAAGAGCCUUAGCCCAUAAAGUGCUAAGGGCUAGAUAUUUUUGGCCAAACAUGAUCAUAGAUGCAAAGGAGUUGGUCAGAAAAUGCGAGAAAUGUCAAAAGUUUGCACCAGUCAUCCAUCGGCCAUCGCGAGAUCUUCAGCCAAUCCUAAAUCCCCUCCCAUUCGCUCAAUGGGGAUUGAAUAUUUUGGGACCAUUUCCAGAUGCUCCAUAUCAAAAAAGAUGGCCAAUAGUCGAAAAAGACUAUUUCAGCAAAUGGAUCGAGGCCGAAGCAGCUUCGAAUAUUAUAGAGCAAACAGUCAGGAAAUUCAUUUGGCGAAACAUCAUCACUCGCUUCGGGAUUGCGAAAGUUUUUGUCUUUGACCAUAGAAAUCAAUUUGAUAAUCUGCCGCUGAAGCGGUACACAGAUUAG